GGCUUUUAUGGUAAUACGCGUUUCGGAGGUUGGCCACCCUGGUAGGUAGUCAUCUUGACAUGUCGUGUUUGUUGAUGUAACUAUGUAAACAUAAACAUUAGUGUAUUGCAAAAAUACUAGAAAUAAUAUUAUCAACGACUUAACAAUAUAUUAAUUAACUGAUUAGAUAUUGUCUCAUUCUCAGAAAACCCAACCUCAGAGGUGUAAAUUUAAGUCUAUUUACGGUAGAUAAGUCAAAUAGGGGCUCAAUACUUUAACCCCAAGCGCCGCUCUUUAAAUCUUGCAGCAAAUUGACUAAUCAGAGAAGAGAUGUCUUCAAUUAUGCAAAGACUGCACGACUCAAAUGCCUUCUGCACCGUAAGCUAUGACCAAAUAGAGCCCGGCCUCUAUCUGGGCAGUCUUUCAGCCGCCAAAGACAUCGACACCCUGAACAAGUUGAAAGUGUCUCACAUCCUUACAAUCGAUACCUGCGUUCUGCCCAGAAAUAUUGUAGAGCUGCCACACAUCAAGACCGAAUUCAUUAAACUGAGUGAUCAACCCAAGGAAGACCUACUGAGCCACUUUGAUAGUGCCAUUGAGUUUAUUGAGACCGGCUUGAAGCACGGAUCGGUAUUGGUGCAUUGCUACUUUGGAAUGUCGAGAAGUGCCACCGUGGUUAUUGCCUAUGUUAUGAAGAAGUACAGAUUGUCUUACUCUGAGGCCUUGCAGAUGGUGAAGGCAAAGAGGAAGGUUGUCCAUCCAAACGAUGGGUUUGUAGCGCAGUUGAAGCUGUACAAAGACAUGGAAUGGACAAUAAAUCGCAACAACAUGAAGUACAAAUUGUUCCAACUCAAUUUGGCUGGAUCCCAAGUGCGAGUGGCCGGAAUACUGCCGCGGAAUUUCCAUUUUCUGAUCCAACCUGAUCCCGGUGUCACCCAAUCCAAACCUGAUCCGAAUGUUUUCAGGUGCAGAAAGUGCCGCAGAGUUCUGGCAUCCGCAAGCAACCUGAUUGAGCAUCACCACGACCGAAAACCAUGCACCAAAACGCUUUUUAUCGAACCGAUAGCGUGGAUGAAUGUAGCCCAGAAUGUGCAAGGGAAACUGCAGUGCCCGAAGUGCGAGCACAAAGUGGGCUCGUUUAGUUGGGUGAUGGGUUCACAAUGCCCAUGUGGGGCACGAGUGGUGCCUGCCUUCUACUUGGUGCCAUCGAAAGUCGAUCAUGCCAACGUUGUUCAGAAUGUGGAAAUGACUUGCUAAGUCAGGACUUUUACAGACACCCUAUAAGGAGAAAAGGACCCUGAUGCUUUCCCCAUACAAAUCCUAAAAAUAGAGAUGUUGCUAUUGAGCUCUUAGUCCAUAACUACUUUAUUAAAAUUAUGUGUUAUGUUUUA